AUGGACCUCAAGCCAAGUUUCAGCCUGAGGUCAGUUUCAGCAGUGCAGCGUCAGUCUCUGACCUUUCUUGAGAAGCCCACACCGAUACCAGGCACGUACCCAGUACGAGAUUUCCUGCAGGAAGCCCAGCUCAACCCCGUGAAACCCACGUACAGCUUCAAAGGAGAAGGCAGAAGGAGAACCCCCAUCUACGAGCAAACCACUGACAGCUCCCUACCAAGCGCUUCUGCAUACGUUCCUCCUACUUUCAUAGAUCUGGCAAGGAAAAAGCUAGCAACAUACUCAUUUAAAAGCCUACCGAGAGGAAGUCCCAGUACCUUAUGUUUUAAAGACAAGGAUAUCAACACUUCACCUGGACAGUAUGACAUUGGCUUUCCCCCAGUUUCCAUAUUUGCUUCCAAGCAGUUUAUGUUUCGCUCUGUUGUCCAGAGGUCCUCAAAUAAUUACUUCAUUCCAAAGGAAGGCCCAGGCCCAGGUCACUAUGAAGUAAGGACUGGACCGUCUCGCACCGUGUGCUCAUGUUUCCAGUCCAAAGUGCCCAGGAUGCUGCCAGUCCGCUCAGAUACACCAGGGCCUGGAGCCUACGAACCCACAAGACAGUUUCCAAAGCAGCCACGAACUAUUGCUAGCUUGGGUCAGGAGCACAGCAUCUUCUUCAGCAAUGCAGCUGGGUUUUAG